AUGCGGCUUCAUCUUGCUUGUUUUCUGCUGUUCAUAACUUUGAUAUCUCCCUUGGUGCUUUCAGUAGGUCAAAAGCCGUGGUAUCGAUCAAAAAAGUGGCAAGAGCGAAAAGCUGAAAAAGCUGAAAAAGAAGUCAGAAGACAAAGAGAUAUCAAGUUCCAUCAAGAGGUGCUUGUCGCUCAAAAGAAGGACUUGAAAUUGAUGAAUGGGCUUCACCAAGGCUUAAUGGAAGAAAUGAGAGAAAUUCCUAGUGGCUCUUCAAAGCAGGUAGAAUUAAAAAACAAAAUUCAUCAACGUAGAGAGGCUGAGGCAAAUGCGAAAAGACAGAAAUUAGUAUCUUACAUGCUUCAAAAGGAGAAACAUGAAGUUUCGCAGGCUUUAUGGCAAAAUAUGCCUAAUGCAUCCUCGAAACAAGAAAAGAUAAAAGACGAAAUAAUUAAACUCAAAUCUGAAAAUACGUUCAUCCCUGCAUUAGAGCCAGUGCAUGAAAGAUAUUAUCAGAACAAUGAUCGGCAACUUCGAAGUGAGAUUGAUCACCAUGAAAGAGGAGUACUUUACCAAGAAGAAGCUCUGAAAGCGCUGCAAAAGCCAGAAAAGAAAGGGCUUUGGAGAUGGAGGUCUUUCCCAGGCAUGAGUAAAAAAGCAUGA